UCAUAGUCACCUUGAUUCACUCCCUCUCACUCAUACACUCAGUGUAAGGCUAUCUCCACUACACUUUUCUCACUUGUAUCCAUUUUCAGGAUCAAUGCGGGAGCACGUGGUUUUAUCUGUUGUUGAUCCUCUUCUUGCAGCAUCUUCAACUUUGCAACCUGAGCACGGUGGCGAUGACGGAGAUUCACUCGUUGAGGGUGCUACUCAUCUCAAUGAUGCUGGGGGAUGUGAUACUCUGGAAGAGCAAGAACAAGAUCACGAAAAAGACCUUACCCUAAUGGUGGAGUGUCGCAUUUGCCAGGAAGAUGACAUUAUUCAAAAUUUGGACAUACCCUGUGGAUGCAAUGGAACCUUGAAGUUUGCUCAUAGGGAAUGUGUUCAGCUAUGGUGCUACGAGAAGGGUGAUACAAUUUGUGAAAUCUGCCAUCAGCCAUUCAAACCUGACUAUUCUGCGACAUCAACUGUCUACCAUCCUGGAGAUACUUCAAUUGAUAUCAGUGAUGACUGGGAAAGCUCUAGUAUUCCUUUAGAUUUGCACAAUUCUCGACUUUUGGCUAUUGCAGCUGUAGAGCACCAAGUUCCAGAGAUUCGUGAAGGUUAUGCCAAUGCUGCUGGCACCGAUGGAAUUACAUUGUGGCACUCGGUUGGUCUAAUUGUAAGCGUUUUUAAUUUGUUCAUGAAGAUCAAUAGUGUGUUUUUCAAAUCUUUUAUAUUAGUCAUGAGAAUUGAUAUUAUUAAAUUUUUUCUUUCCUAACACUUUAAAAAAUUGUAAUUUAAGCCUAACCCAAUUUCACUAAACCAAUUUGGUAAAGUGAGGUUUGCUUCCAUUUAUAUGUUAUAAUUUGAUCAUAUCUCAAGUUAUACGCCAAGGAUUGAACAUCUCGGAUAUUAGACUAAGAGGAACUAGGUAACGGGUAACAUGGUAGGCUCAACAAUUUUGGCUAAGAUAAAUUCUGAAUGACUCUAAUACCAUGUUAAAGUAUAAGAAAGAGAGAAACAUUGAACUAAAACCAUAUGUUUUUGAGACUACAUGAGUACUUUAUUUAUAUUGAGAAAAAGAUAUAAAUACAAUAAAUCGGUAACAUUUGAUAUCCCCUAAUAACAAAGAUAUUAUACGUGACAUGAGUAAAAAAGAAUGUUUCUAAUAAUAGAUAUAUAAUCUGGAUAUUCCUGAUUAUAUAGGUUCAACUCUUUAUUUCUAUAAUUAUAACACUCUCCCUCAUUAUGUGCCUAGCUUGUUACACAUAAUCGAUCCUCGAUCUUCUUAGAGAUUUGGUGAAUAUGUCAGCUAAUUGUUUAUUAGAGUUGACAAAUAUAGUAGUAUCUCCAAACUCUAGUUUUUCUCUUAAUAAAAUGACAAUCCACUCAAUAUGUUUGGUUCUUUCAUGAAAGAUAGGAUUAAGGAAAUGUGUAAUAUUUCCUGGUUGACACUAGUUGAAUAGGUCAUCUUAAAUAGACUUUAUUGAAAAGCUGCAAUGUGCUUUGUGAUGUAACAAGUUUCUAGAUUUGAUCUUUCUUAUUCUUUUCUCAUUCAUUGUAUGUGAACUUCUAGUGUCAUUAUAAAUAUGAGAACCCUAAGAAAGGGGAAUCAAGCUCUCAAAUUUAUUCUCUAUUCUUUUAUAUUUUUCUCAAUUGUCACAUACAAGAUGCAUUUGAGAACUUUCUUCAAAUUUAAGCUCUUUGAGGAGUUGGUUUAGCCAUAUGAGCUUACAAGUGACUAAUAUCAUUGUCCUAUAUUGUGCUUUUGU